AUGAAAUCUUCUGGACUUUUGAGCAUCCUGGUGCUGUUCAUUCUCCUAGCAAAUGGCCAGGGAUUUGGGCUGAAUGACUGGCUCUUCCCCAAGAAAUGCCCCAGAAUCAAAGAACAAUGUGAAUUCCAAGAAAGGGAUCAUUGUAAGAAGGAUAGACACUGCCAGGACAACAAGAAGUGUUGCCUCUUCAGCUGCGGAAGAAAAUGUUUAGACCUCCGACAAGACAUAUGCAAAUUGCCAAAAGAAGCUGGCCUCUGCAUGGCUUAUUUUCGUCGCUGGUGGUAUGAUAAGGAAAAUAACACCUGUAGCAGCUUCAUCUACGGUGGCUGCCAUGGGAACAACAACAACUUCCAAUCCAAAUCCCUCUGCCAGAACUUCUGCCAAAAACAGGUGAGUCCCAGAGACCCCAGUCUUCCAUCCUCACCAGGACCACCCUGGGAGGUCUGGGUGCUGGGUGACCCAUUCCAGGAUGGCUAUGACCUCGGCAGACCUGGUGCUGACAGACCAGCUCCCAUCGGGGGCUCCCCGUUCUGGAGGGAUAAGGAUGCACUGGAGUGA